ACACAAUGUAAGUGGGACCAGGGAAAUGGGCAAGAACCAGGCUUGAGGGGGAACAGGAGCAGCUGCUUCGGGUUGUGAAACAAUGAGCAGCCAAAGUCCAAAUAAAGGGCCUGGCCUUACAAGCCAGGUCCAGCCUACUGUGCAGCCAGCGAGCUUGACUCUGCAGCUGGUGCCCCUCUGAAACCAGGUGGUCCUGCGGAGGUGGCAGAUUCUCCUAACAUCAACCUCCAUUGGGCAAGUAGCUCUUAAUGGAAGAACACGGAGUGACCCAAACAGAACACAUGGCCACUAUCGAGGCCCACGCCGUGGCCCAGCAGGUGCAGCAGGUCCACGUGGCCACCUACACUGAGCACAGCAUGCUGAGCGCGGACGAAGACUCGCCCUCUUCGCCAGAGGAUACUUCCUACGAUGACUCGGACAUUCUCAACUCCACUGCCACCGAUGAAGUCACUGCCCACUUGGCUGCUGCAGGCCCAGUGGGAAUGGCAGCCGCCGCCGCCGUGGCAACGGGUAAAAAACGAAAACGGCCUCAUGUUUUUGAGUCCAACCCGUCCAUCCGCAAGAGGCAGCAGACACGCUUGCUACGGAAGCUCCGUGCCACGCUAGAUGAAUACACCACCCGAGUGGGGCAGCAGGCCAUCGUCCUUUGCAUCUCACCCUCCAAACCCAACCCUGUUUUUAAAGUGUUUGGCGCUGCACCGUUGGAGAACGUGGUGCGCAAGUACAAGAGCAUGAUCCUGGAAGACCUGGAGUCAGCACUAGCAGAACACGCACCUGCGCCACAAGAGGUUAACUCAGAGCUGCCCCCCCUAACCAUCGAUGGGAUCCCUGUCUCUGUGGACAAGAUGACCCAGGCGCAGCUGCGAGCUUUCAUCCCCGAGAUGUUGAAGUACUCGACAGGGCGUGGGAAGCCAGGCUGGGGGAAGGAAAGCUGUAAACCCAUUUGGUGGCCUGAGGAUAUUCCAUGGGCAAACGUCCGCAGUGAUGUCCGCACAGAAGAACAGAAACAGAGGGUGUCCUGGACCCAGGCGUUGCGCACUAUUGUAAAGAACUGCUAUAAGCAGCAUGGGCGUGAGGACUUACUUUAUGCCUUUGAGGAUCAGCAGACACAGCAGCAGACAACAGCCACCCACAGCAUAGCACACCUGGUACCAUCGCAGACUGUGGUGCAGACAUUCAGUAAUCCUGAUGGCACGGUCUCCCUUAUCCAGGUUGGCACAGGUGCCACGGUCGCCACGCUGGCUGACGCCUCCGAGUUGCCUACCACAGUUACCGUCGCACAAGUGAAUUACUCCGCAGUCACUGAUGGCGAGGUGGAACAGAACUGGGCAACGCUACAGGGAGGCGAGAUGACUAUCCAGACGACGCAGGCUUCAGAGGCCACGCAGGCGGUGGCAUCGUUGGCAGAAGCAGCGGUGGCAGCAUCUCAAGAGAUGCAGCAAGGAGCAACUGUUACCAUGGCACUCAACAGUGAAGCAGCUGCCCAUGCUGUAGCCACGCUUGCAGAAGCCACACUUCAAGGUGGCGGGCAGAUCGUCCUGUCUGGUGAAACGGCCGCGGCAGUGGGAGCGCUCACCGGAGUCCAGGAUGCCAAUGGGUUCCUAGCAGAAGACUGUUCAGGUGGCAAGUGGAGUCUAGCAGAUGUUUCCACAGGCCUCGUCCAGAUCCCCGUGAGCAUGUACCAGACAGUGGUGACGAGCCUUGCGCAGGGUAACGGUCCCGUGCAGGUCGCCAUGGCGCCCGUCACCACGCGGAUAGCAGACAGUGCCGUCACGAUGGAUGGGCAAGCCGUGGAGGUUGUGACCUUGGAACAGUGAUGCUGCCGCAGCAGGAUCAUGAUGGUGUUUUUUUCUCGUCUCUUACGCGAAUAAUUUUUUUACGCCUCUCCAGAGAUGCAAUCAGGUGGCACCGAGGCUCCCGGCUGGGGAAGCAAAGGUUUUGUUAACCUUUUUUUAAAAGGAGGGAAAAAACAAAUAGCAGAGGAUGUGUGUUCAGUGCAUUUUUAUAGCGCCGCUCUGAUCCCUCAGGAGUGAAAAGCCCAUUGCUGACUGGACUUUCCUUCCGCCGAGAUUUAAAACCAAAAUGCAGCUCCACUCCCCCAACCCCCCCGACCCCCAGCCCUCCACCCCGCAUGAAGUAUCUCCCUCUGAAUCAGGGUGAGAUUGGCAAGACUCACUCCCUCCUGUGCCCCCCUGCCCCAGCAGGAAGUCACAGUGCCCCCGGUUGGAGACCGUUCUACCCAUGCUAAGCCAGUGCCACCGCGACUCCCACUGUGGCUCCUGGCCACCCCCACUUUGCAAAUUAGGUUUCAAAGAUUUUAACAUGGACUUUAAGAGAGACAGUUUGGGAACAGCCUGUCUUGGAAGGCACGUGCGCAACAGCGGAGGCCCAGCAGCAGCCUGUCGAAGGGGUAGCAACGUCCUUGGAGGCAGCACCUGGCUGUCAAUAAAGAGGAAAGUUCUGGGGCAAAGCCAGUGGAGAGAUCCCCCACCACACUCCCUCCCCGUCCCCCAGAUCCACGCCGGAGACCUGGACUUGCCUCUCCCGCACCCUCCAAAUGUAGCCGCCACUUGAGAGCCUUCUCUACCUUCUUGCCGUGGCUGCCAGAUGAGCAAGGAGACAGUCCGAGGGGCUCGGGCUGUGGGGUGAAGGAGGGGGAAGGACAUGAAGCGAGUGGAGGAGUCUCUGAGCUGUGCUUUUCCCCCUUCCCUUCCUCAACGUGCCCCCCAGGACUCGCGCUGCAACCGAAGCGCAUUCAGCCACGUCGCUGAGAGGUACGUCUGAUUCGCACGUAGCGCGUCUGUCGCUGGCAUGACCGGAGCAGCACUCGAAGUGCUCUGAACAGACGGUCCCUUAUCCCGCCUGCGCCCGGAGGGCCCCGUUCCCAGUCCACUUUCUCGUUCAGUGAAACAUAGGGAUGAAACCAUGAGCGGCCCCAUUUUUGGGUGACCCCGUCCCUUAGUCCCCCCCACGUCCAGCUCCAUUCAUGUCCCACAGGCCACGUGCCUGCUCCUGCUGUAUGUGCAUUUCCAGCACGGCUUUGCUGCUGCUAGUUUUUUUAAUCUACUUCACAUGAAAAACUCCAGACCGAAACGGGCCUGGGGCGUUUUCAGUGACUGGGGGGUUUUUUUGUUCAUUAUUUUUAUUUUAUUUUUUUUACUUGACUUUCAAAUGGGCCAAACCUUUGCUUCCCAAAAACAGAACAUGUUCCCCCUCCCCGCCCCAAGUCAAACUCCUCUCCCUCUUAGCUGCACCCCCUCCGGUGUGUGCCGCUUUGCAUGGUAUUUAAUUUUUUAUUUUAAGUGGCCAUUAACACCGUUCUCCACGUCUUUCUCCGCCUUCACGAGAGUUUUCAGAUUCUUGUAUUUACUUGUUUUAUAUGAAAAAAAUAUCAAAUGUUCUUUGUAUACGUUUUUUCUGUACUUUAACGAGGGGGCGGGGAAGAUUUCCAUAGCAGCAGUCCUGGUUCUCCGAUUCGUUCUUUUUUUUAACGAUUCUUUUUUUGUUUUGUUUUUUUUUAAUUGUCGUUGUGAAGCUGUCGGUGGCUUUCGAGUCCGUGUUUCUUUGGCGAUGAAAUAACGUUCUUUUAGUCUGAGAGAUUCUCCCCUCCCUCCCCACAAAGGAAAAAAAAAAAAAGCAGUCGAGUAGCAGAGCAUGGAAUAAUCCCUGUUGUUUUCCCAUCCUAUUAUUGCCUCAUUCAAUAAAUUGUUACAAAUGUG